AUGCCAGCUGCAAAGGUGCCACCCAACCGACGGCAGCGGUGCAUCAAGGCAUGUGGUAAUUGCAAGGCGCGCAAAGAGCGCUGCGAUGACCAGCAGCCCUGUGGACGAUGCGUCUCGCGGAAGCUUCAGGCCGGAUGCAGCUACGCAAGAGUCGUUGCCCAACGACCGGCGUCUCGACGUUUCGAAGAGUCUUCCAGCCAUUUGAGUCCCUUACACUCCGAGACUCCCUCCGCGACUUCAACCACCCUAAGGACACAUUACCUUAACGUUGGGUGCGGUUCGUGUACACUGGUUGACACGCCACGGCAGCCCCCAUCCGAGCCAGGCCUUUCCGACUCCUCCGCCGUAAUUAGUAACGAGCUUCCAGCCAAACCAACUGUUGCUGAAGCCAGCGAUCUGAUUGAUGGAGCCUUGACGACCAAGGUCAUUAUGCAAUUUGCCUUUGGAAGAUCCGGUGGCAUGAUCGAAGAGAACGAACACGACUUCACUUCCUGGUUUUCCGAUUCCUUAAGUGUUGCAUCUCAUGGAUUCCACACCAUGUUAUAUUACCCUUUAGCUCGUCAUAUUGGAAACUGUCUUCCAAUCUUACUCGUCAACUUCAUGAAACCAGAUGUUGGCAAACUCCUCAGUCUCCUCAAGGCUGAAGGGUCGGUUCUUUUCGACAAGCUCACGGGUAUUUCUCGUUCCGACAUGGCCACCGAAGCCGUGGACAUGAUUGUUGCAGGAGCAGACACGACCGACUACCAUGUCGGCAUUGAAGCAAAGCUCGUCCAGUCUCUGAAUGCCUCUAUACCGUCCAGAGAUGCUUUGCCGCCUCUAUUGGAGCUUGAGAAGAUUGGAUACCUGAUGCGAGGGGGUCCCGAUGCCCGCUCCUUCAACCCAGAUCGAUGGUUGAAGCCAAAUGCUAAAAGCCUCGAGCAAUAUCAAGUCGCGUUUUCCAAAGGAGCCAGGACGUCUGACACUCUUAGUAUUGCUCCUGCUGAGAUCACAUGUGUAUUGACCCUUCUGUUCCGGAAAUAUGCGGUCACUCUUGCUUGUGACUUCCGUCCUCCUAGAAAAUUCAACGUUUUAACUUUAGAAUUUGAGGCGCCGGGAGUGCCCAUUUACUUCACUCCUGGUCCAUAG